GUCACAUGCACAUGUGCUGGUAGGUGUGACAUGGUCUGAUGUGCGCAGUGUGUGCAGUCAUUUCUAACCCCUUACCUAUCCAGUCUGUAACUCUAACUCAGUCCCGGUUUUAAAAGGAGGAGAGAGGAUGAGUGAUGAUGAUGGUAGGAGUCCAGAGGAGCAGCCGCUACUGAGGGUUGAUGGUGGUAGGGGCAGGAGAAUGAAAGACAGCAAGUGUGGUCGCUGUGUUAGCUCCCGUGCCUGCUGUGGCUUUCUCUGCUGUAUUAUGAUACUCACCGCCAUUAUUGCUGCUGUGCUAGCUGUUCUUAUAUCCUAUGGUAUCAUUGAUAAAGAAGUUGAUAAGUUUAUUGCUAAACAAGUAUCGUUAACAAAAGGUUCAGCAGCUACAGACCAAUGGUCUAAACCUGGUGCUGCUGUCUACAUGUCCUUCUACAUGUUUAACUUAACCAACAAAGAUGAGUUUUUAAAUGGAGAGAAAGCAACUAUUGAAGAAAUAGGACCAUUUGUAUACAAUGAGUCAAAGACGAAGUAUAAUUUGAGAUGGAACAGUGAUGAGACCAUUUUGGAAUAUUUUGAAAAUACCUCGUAUAUUUUUAACAAAGAGAAAUCAAACGGACUUGAUCCAAGUCAUGUUAACAUUACCACUAUUAACCUGCCACUUAUUGUAAGGAGGGG